GUUAACCUUGACCCCAGGUUGAUCCUGGUUUCUGCUAUAUGCAGCUAAGACUCCAUUUUGAGAGGAAGCUUUCCUUCCACUCAUAUUCAGCAUAGCAAUCGGGGUGUUUGGAUUUCAGUUGAUAAAUGAAACCCAACGUGGACACAUCUUUUUGCAGAUGCACCCCCACUUAAAAUCUCUUUUGGUGUCCGAAUGGUGUCAGUUACAUUUUAUUCUAAUUUAAUCUGGGAUAGGUGUCACCAGUUUCUCCUCUUUCUCCUCCUCCUCUUCUCAGACCAUUCAGAUCAUGGUGGGCGUGCUGGUCCUGCUGAUGGGGAUCUCCUUGUCACCUUUUGCUGAUUCCAUUGGAGUUUACAGUGGCUCCUUCGUUUGGGGAGCUGCUCUGUACAUCGCUGCUGGAUCUCUGACUGUAGCUGCUGGGACUCGACUGACCAGCUGUCUGGUGAAAGCUGCCCUGAUUGUCAGUGUGAUAGCAUCAGUUGCUGCCACCAUCAGCACCAUCAUCCACAUCGUGGAUGCCGUUAUUAUUAUUGGCUGCUACUACUAUGGUUACUCAGAUGACAGGGGGCGUUACAGCUGCUACGUGUACCAGAGUCGAAUGCGGGGCGUCUCAGGCGUCCUUGCAGUUUUCAGUCUUCUGGAGAUGAUUGUUGCCAUCACUGUGGCAGGUUUCGCCUGUAACGCCGUCUGCUGCUGUACUGAUCCUACAACAGUUCUGGUUGUACCUGCAGCAGCUGUGGCCUCUGGUGAAUCUGCUGAUGUGAACAUGGAGCAGGUGCAGUUUCUCAAAAGUUCAGAAGAAGAUGAGACCAUG